AUGAACGGAAUGUCGAACCACAGUUUCGAUGAAGAAGAUGCUCUCGCCAGAUUUGACAAGCUGGCAGCAAUGGGCAUCAUUGCCUAUGGACCUUCACGUGCAGUACAGGUGAUGGACGCGGGGUUCCGGUUCGAGUUCCGCAUCUGCCCUACAUGGGCCAAAAAGCCCUUGGAAGUCAGCGACGUCCUCAAACUUGACGACGAUAUUCCAGAGCCCGAGAAAUUUGGACCUGGUAGUGACAUCUUCCGGAGUCAUCCAGAUCAGGUGAUCAAGACCAUCAACAAUACCCAUAUGCUGGCUUUGAACAUAUUUCCAGUCUUUCGGCCGCAAUACCUGCUCCUUACGAUGGAUACCUUUCGUUCGCAAAAUGAAUGGCUACAUCAUGAAGACAUCGAAGCUGCAUGGGCGUUUCUUCAAUCAACAGCGAGCCCUCAUUUCGCCAUGUACAACUGCACUAAAGAUGCUGGCUGCAGCAGAUAUCAUAAGCACUUGCAGAUCAUGAAGAAGCCAGAAGCCUGCGAAUCCGAGUUUCGCUUCUUCCCGGAUGUAAGCGAUACUACGACAGCCAUUCCGUACGUCGUUUUCGUGGAACGGCUUUCCGGUGGGGCCGCAGUAGACAGCAAAGCGAUACUGGAGGUAUACCUCAGUCUCAUGAAGAAGUGUCGGAAGGUUCUCAAGAUCCCCGAAGAUCAGGACAAAGUGCUAUGCCCUCAUAACGUUAUUCUCGAUAAAGAAUGGAUCGCUGUUAUCCCAAGGCGGUCAGGUAACGUUGAGGGCAUAGGCGCCAAUGCUGCUGGAAUGAUGGGCAUGCCUACCAUAUCCAACAGCAUGCUGUUCAAAAAGUGGACGGACAUUGGUCCAGCGGAAGUGCUGAGUAGGUUGGGUGUACCCACCAAUGAUGUGAGUAGGCAAGAAGUAGCUGGACCCCUCAGCGAGGGGGAUCAGACCUAA